AAUUCUUAGUCGUGGGCGUGGCAGAUCGCACAAUUUGUGUACACCGAUUAUGAGCGACCUUCUGGGAUCACAGCAUGGUGCAGAUUUGUUAAUGCAACGCAGUGCAUUUCUGAGUCAGGCAUAUGAAGAAAGAGAUGAGGAGACCCUGCAGGAUUUUGUUCACUGGCUAUUGUCUCGAUGCAACUCUGCCUUGGACGGUGUUCCGAACGAGUUUGUAGCCAGUUUGUUGCGAACAGCCACCCUGCUGGUCAUUGAAAGAGGUCAAGCAGUCUACAAAGAGAAUGACAAGAAUUGCAGGGCUUUCGUUGUCUUGUCGGGUUGCCUGUCUGCUUACACAACUGCAAAGACUAAGAUAGGUCUAGGGGAACAUAGAGGAGUAAAAGCAAUCCAGUCUUCUCCACUUUUGGUUCGACGAGGUAUUCAAAAGGGCAACUGGAACUCUUUAAUGUCACUUUAUACGCCAAUAACCGCUUCAGACAACAUUUGCAGUGUUGUGCCUUUUGGGUCACUAAGCCAUCUGCCGCGAUCUUCUAGUGAGCCUUUGGGGCUAAACAAGUCUAAUUUGAUGUCGAGUUCGUCUACUACAUUUGGUGGUAGGGAUGACUGGCAGGGUUGUAGUAAAGGUUUAGGUCUGCGUUUGAGAAAGAGAAGCAGCAGACCCAGCUCACCAAGUUGUCCUGUCUCAGUCAGCUGUCUUGCAGACAAACAUGCAAAUGUUGAUAAGACUCUCGGCAGUUUCCUUGGUCACAUUGUUGAAGGCCAACUGUUCGGCGAGAUGGCAUUUUUUAAUCCUAAAGUACCGCGUGACAUGACAGUUCUUGCCAAUGAAACAAUGGUGAGGCUUAUGGUUAUUGAGGGUUCAGACUUCUACAUGGCUGCUCGUAAGUUCAAGAGAGAGGAUCUUCAUGAGAAGACAUCGUUUCUAGAAACAAUCGACAUUUUCAAGGACUGGGACUGGUCCUUGAAGUUUCAUCUUGCCCACAGUUUGGAAAAGGAAAGAUCUAGUUUGGAUCGAUAUCUUGUACGUGAAGGUGAUCCAGCCGCAUACAUCUACUUUAUUGAGUCAGGCCAGGCAGUUCUAGAGAUGCAGACAGAAGUUCAGUCGUCACUUCCUGAUUUACCGUCCAAGAAACUUCAGAAGAGCCGAAGGAGCACGGUAAAAGAAUUGGCUCGAUUACAACCCAAAUCCGUCUUUGGUCUCGAAGAGAUGUUGGAUGAGUUGAAAACGUACAGAAGGUCAUUACGAGCUUGCGAGCAAGUGACUAUGCUACGAAUACCGAUGCAAAGGCUACGGUCAGCAAUAGAAAAGUAUCAUCCCGAGACGUUGGGAUAUAUUGGUUUGAUGGUGAAACAGCACGAGGACUUUCAUAAUGCCCGUAUCGACUCUAUCGACAAUGUCAGUGGAAUGCGCAAAGGCAGCAGAGGCGUUGCCAACGUAUCAGAAAAGAAAGAAUACGGACGUUACUUUCCGAAAUUCGCACAAUCUGUUGGACGUGACAUGCCAAGUAGUCCAUUUGUGUCUUCUCAACGGUCUCUCUUCAGUAAUACAUCACGCUCCAAACCCAACAGUCCUCUUGUAGGAAGGAGGAGACCACCCGAGCUGGCUAUAGAAAACGUGUUGGGAGACGGUGCAUUGAGUAGUCGCUCGCUGCCAAAUAUUGUUGACUACAUGAAACAGACAGAGAAACGAGCGACGUUCUCGUACUCACCCGUGGCGACCAGGAAACUGUUCGAUAAAUUCGCACGAUCAUUCGAUCAUGAUCCACGGGAUCUACCGUCUCCUGACGGAAGACUGAGGCUACACUGACAGUUGGCGGAGUGGGUGUGAUGACAGUUUGUAAAUAGAGUUUGUAUACCGUACGUAUAUACAUGUACAUACACUAUCAUCAGCCUUUUUUACUAUAUGGGAGACGCUCACUUUACUGUGAUCUUGUAUGCAUGCAAACAUGCAUGCUACCAAAUUAUACGAUAUCUGCGACAUUUCUUAAUUAACUUGGCACGCCAUUUUCGUGGAUCGAAUCUGUGGUUGUGUGCAUGUAAUACGGUGCUCGUAAUGAAAAGUGUGUUAGAAA